UUCCCACUUUUUAAUUCAUGACAAACAAAUAUUUGUGGCUUCUCACUUGCCUUCCCACUUUUUACCUUACAAUGACUGACAGAGUGUGUGAAUCUGCAGGAAGUGGAUUUGUCCAAAUGCACAUCAACUACGUUAUACUCAGGAACAAGAAAGCUAUUGGGGAAACAAACCAUUCAUGCACUAUAAAUUCAAGAUGGUGUUCUUUACGCUGGAGGAUCCUCUGUUGAUGGAACAGCUAGCAAGAUGCUGGAAAAAGAUACGUUUUGUGGAGUGCACAAAUGGCAGAAGCUCUCAAUGUUGGUGAACCAUGGAUUAUGUGUCAACAAGAUGAUGCUCCUCAACCAAUGAUAAAUACUUGCAAUGGUUUUUAUUGUGAUAGCUUCAAGCCAAACAAUGAAACGAGUCCUAAGAUGUGGACAGAAAAUUGGACCGGCUGGUUUAAAAGUUGGGAUUCACCAGAUCCUCACAGGCCCGCAGAGGAUGUAGCUUUUGUUGUUGCUCGAUUUUUCCAAAGAGGAGGAAUUAUGCGCAAUGUUGUGCGAUGGAGCAUACAGAACCUCUUGUAAAUAAUUUAUGUAAAAGUUUGUAAACAAUUUAUGUAUCUCUCUACUAUUUUGGUGAAUGUAUUAUUUGAAUAU